UUUUUCUUAGAAUAAUCUACAACAAAUACCCAAAAAUAUCUCAAAUUUAUUCUAAAAAUAAUAAUUUUUCCUAAACCAUUUUCUAUGUAAAAAUAAUAAUAAUAAUAAUAAUAAUUAAACAUGCUUUUAAAAUUAGAAUUUGAUUUUAUAUUUUAAAGAAUUGUUAGAAAAAAAAAAUCAAUUUUAUAAUUUAGAAAAUAAUUUGGGUAUUUUUUUUUUAAAACAUGUUAUUUUUUAUAUCAAAUUUUAUAUAUUUUAAAUUAUUUUUUGUAAUGUAUUUUAAGCUACACUUGAAAAUAUAAAGAAAUAUUUGAAAAUUUUUAGAUUAUAAAUAAGUUGUAUAGUAAGUAGGUGUUUGGUAAAUUAACUUAAUAAUUUAAAGUGACUUAAUAGUUCAAUUUAAGUAAUUAUGUAAAUUAGAUUCAUUUGAUAAAAUAAUUUAAAGCAAAAAAUAACUUUAAAUUUUAACUUAUUCUUAAGUUAACAUAUUUAUUUUAUAUUUUUAUCCUUAUUUAUCCUAAUUACCUUUAUGAUCUCUAUUGCUAUUAGACAACUUCAAUUGGUAUUCAACCUCAUUUACUGUAAUUAUAAUUUAUAAGGAUAAAUAUGUCAAUUUGAUGGUAUAAAAUAAAUUUUAACUUAAUUUUAUCAAACAAUUUUAAUACUUAAAAUAAGAAUUAAAUAAUAAAUUUUAUGUCGAUAAUUUAAAUAUAAUUUGACUGAAAAUCAAUUUAAAUUAUUAAGUAAUAAGUUUUAUUUAACACCUCCUUAACUUUAUGAGAAUUAAAUUAGGAAAUUACUUUCCAUUUUCGAACAGAAUUUUUGUAAGAAUUCUUUUUAAAAACGGUUUUCCUUUUUUUAUGGAUUUUAGAUUUAUUAUUUAUGAAAAUACGAAUAUGCCCUUGACAUAAUAAAACCAUUUGUUCUGCUAAGAAAGGGGUAAAGUCUUCCCUCUCAACGUGCCAUUAAUCAUUGAUGUUCCAUGAGCACGACGGUCCCAUGAGAGAACAGGAAGAAGCACUCUCGUAACGACGUCGUUUUGGAGUCAAACGCAGUGAGCUCUGCAGAUGCAAUCAUGCAAGAUCCAUCAAACCCUAACCCUAUCUCUCACUCCCAUAAUGCUCACCAGCCUCCCUCGACGUCGUUUCCAAACACGGCCACCUCCCUCCGGGGAGGUCACCACCGGCGGGCACACUCCGAGGUCAAUUUCCGGAUCCCGGAAGACCUACAUCUCGUCUCCGAUCCCUUCGACGUUCCCUCGGCGAGCUUUGAGGAAAUGGGAUCCGAGGACGAUCUCUUCUGCACAUACAUUGACAUCGACAAGUUCGGAUCCAGGCCCGAAGGGGACGCCCGGAUCGACAAUGCCGGCGGUGGUUUGGCUGCGGAGAGCGGCGACGGAGAGAAGAGCUCUAGGCCUCGGCACCGGCACAGCAAUUCGGUGGACGGCUCGUCAAUGUCGAGAGGGGAGAGUCUGUUUGUGGACACUAUAGAGGCCAAGAAGGCAAUGGCUCCAGAUAAGCUCGCUGAGCUUUGGACGCUCGAUCCGAAGCGAGCCAAGAGGAUUCUGGCAAAUCGGCAAUCUGCUGCUCGCUCAAAAGAGAGGAAGGCUCGGUACAUAUUAGAGCUUGAAAGAAAAGUCCAGACCCUUCAAACAGAAGCAACCACUCUUUCUGCACAACUCACGCUUUUCCAGAGAGACACAACUGGCCUGACUACUGAAAACACAGAGCUUAAGCUUAGGUUACAAGCUAUGGAACAACAAGCUCAACUACGUGAUGCUCUGAAUGAAGCACUAAAGAAGGAAGUAGAGAGGCUUAAGAUUGCUACUGGAGAAAUAAUGACCUCCUCAGAUGCAUACAAUUUGGGAAUGCACCAUGUUCCAUAUACUCAAUCUUCUUUCUUCUCACACCAGUCACAACCAGGACCAAGUGAGUCCCAAAAUAUACAAAUGCCACAGUUCCAUCCAUUCCCAUCUAACAUGUUGACCCACCACCAGCCUCUGCUUGGAGCAGCCCACUCAAAUGCCCUCUCAGAUAUGUUGCAGCAGGAUCCUCUUGGACGAUUGCAGGGGCUUGAUAUCAGUAGCAGGGGCCCUAGUCUUGUGAAGUCUGAAGGCCCAUCCAUUUCUGCCAGUGAAAGCAGCAGCACAUUUUAAUCUAAACUUUGCUGAUCUAGUCAUGGCAACCUUAUUUGUUGGAUUGUUCAUAGACUGACAUCUUAUCAACAAUGAAAGGUACUAUUCUUUUCAAUUUAAUUCUUUUAAUUGGAUUGGGAUACUGGGUCUUCAGUAGCUUUCAUCAGGUUUUGUUGUAAUAUUCAUGAGUUUUCUUUGUUCAAUUUGGAAUUCUUUUCCUGUAUGGGGGUCAUAUGGGGAUAUUUGUUCUUGAAGAGGUGGAUGCAUCUUUUCAUGCCAAGCACCCCAUUUGUAUCUUGUCCAUCUGUCAAUGUUCAAACUUGAUUUCUUGUCAAGAAAAGCACUCAUUUUCUUCAAUUAUUCAAAUGCAUGAACUGAGGUUGUACUGGGUUCAUCUCUUUUUCA